GGCCACAUGCCGCUGACGGAUCGCUUGCUCGCUUUAAAAAAAAAAAAAAAAAAAACAUACAUCAUCCUUUGGCGAUCGGUCGAUCAGAGAUCAACAGCGGAUUUCUAGAACAUGAGCAGCAAAGAGGGCUCCAAGCUAUGGGGCGGCCGAUUCACUGGUGGGACAGACUCUGUCAUGGAAGCAUUCAAUGCUUCUAUCAGUUUUGAUAAGCGAAUGUGGAAAGAAGAUUUGAAAGGAAGUGAAGCAUAUGUGAAGGCAAUAGAGAAAGUUGGCCUUGUGACAGCUGCUGAGAUGAAACAGAUUCUUGAUGGAAUACAGAAGAUAAGGGAGGAAUGGCAGAGUUGCAAGUUUCAAGUUAUUUGCGGUGAUGAGGACAUCCACACUGCUAAUGAGAGAAGACUGAAGGAACUUGUCGGGUCAGUUGCUGGGAAACUUCAUACCGGAAGAAGUAGAAAUGAUCAGGCUCAAGUUGAUGCUCGGCUUUGGUUGCGUGGGGAGAUCCAAGUUCAAAGGAAAUUACUUACAGAAUUUAUAGAUGUGAUUGUCAAACGAGCUUCAAGUGAGAUUGAGGUACUUCUGCCAGGCUACACUCAUCUACAGAGGGCACAGCCUAUCCGGUGGAGCCACUGGCUGCUAAGUUAUGCUUGGUCAUUGAAACGAGAUGUUGAGAGAUUAGACGAACUCACAGAACGAGUGAAUGUUCUUCCCCUAGGAAGCGGAGCGUUAGCUGGUAACCCGUUUGGGGUUGAUAGGAGGUUUCUUGCCCAAGAACUUGGUUUCAGUGAUGUUACUGGUAAUAGCUUAGAUGCGGUCAGUGACCGAGACUAUAUCGCAGAGUUCCUAUUCUGGGGGUCACUUCUUGCCACUCAUUUAAGUCGCUGGGCUGAAGACUUGUUACUUUACAGCACUCAAGAAUUUGGAUUUGUCAAGCUCUCAGACGCCUACAGCACUGGUAGUAGCCUGAUGCCUCAGAAGAAGAAUGCAGACAGUCUGGAGCUGAUACGAGGCAAAGCCGGCAGGAUAUUUGGAAGAUGUUCUGGAUUUUUGAUGACAUUGAAGGGCUUGCCGAGUACAUACAACAAGGAUCUGCAGGAAGACAAAGAGCCAUUGUUUGACGUGUGCGACACAUUACGAGGACUUUUGCAAGUUGCGACAGGCGUUAUAGCAACAAUCACGAUUGACUCAGAGCGGAUGUUAUCCUGCCUUAGCCCUGACAUGCUCGCCACGGACCUUGCUUACUACCUCGUCAGGAAAGGGGUCCCGUUCCGUGAGGCGCAUGCUCUCUCUGGUUCCGCUGUCCACCUCGCCGAACAAAAAGGAUGUGCUCUUAAUGAGCUUACUGCGCAUGACUUACAGCAAGUCAGUACUCUUUUCGAGGAAAACGUGAAGGCAGUAUGGAAUUAUGGGAACAGCGUGGAGCAGUACACUGCUGAGGGUGGUACGAGCAAGUCCGCUGUACAGGACCAGGUUACAAAGCUUGAGUGCUGGCUCAAAUCCUUGGAAAAGUAAACAGACAGAAAAUAAAAGGAAAAGCUCUCUUGGUAUCCCAUGGACCUGUGAGAGGCUCUUGCUAGGCAGCCGAGAGGUAAUCACGUGACUUUAAAACUUCACGAAACUGUGAAUACAUAAUGGCCAGAUGAAUACAAACAUACAAUAAGUGUAUUUAAUACAAAUAAUUGAAAGUAAGAAUGAUAGUUUGUGUGUUAUUUAUCGAUAUUUAUUUUAUGCGAUUUUACGAAUUUUUAAGUGUAACAUGAUAAUGUUGUGUCUUGGCCAAUCAAAUUUCUUGUAUUAUCAAAUAAAUUUUUUUACAAGCCAGCAUGCAUUUAGGCUGCGUAGUCCUUACUCUGAGCUGCUUUUUUGAAUAAUUAUAAUAUAGUAAUCUUCAACAAAAAAGAGUAUGAACGUAUACGGAUAUUUGUUAGCUCGUGUAGCCAUUUUGAUGUUAACUUUAAUUAUUUUGAUGUUGUGUUUGUUCGUCAUAAAAGACCACUCAAUGACAAUUGUUUUACCUUGUUAACCAAUAAGACUUGCCAUAGCCGCUGCUUGUUGAGUUGUAUGAACAAAGAAAAUACGCUAAAUUUUCUCAGUAACUCGACGGUUCUCAAUAAAUCGAUCAUAUUUUAUACAUUAUUACAAUUGCUUCACCGUUUCAACCAAUCUGAAGUGUUUUAGUGUAACUGCUGAUUUUACAAGUUCUAAGGCCUAAGAAAAACGAUCUAUAUUUCUCAGAAAAUACUCGACGAUACGCGAUACUUAACUACGUGAUAAAUAAGGGAUACUUGAAUUCUUAUCUUGGAUUUAGCAUUGUUUACCCCAUAUAGAGGUAUUUCAAUUUCGGAAGUGGGUUUAAAAUAUACUUUUUUUAUCACGAAUGCCAAUUUAAAGCGAUUUCAGAUGCGAUAAGACAAUAAUAAGUGAAAGGAUUGUUGCAAAGUCGAAAGGGAUUCCAGUUACAAUUGUGGACUCUCGCGGAAAAAAAAUAAAACGAAUCCUGUUAAUAAUAUAUACCACGACAGCGUUUAACUGAGACUAAGUCUGUGUACUUCCGGUAGGAUUAAGUUGCUAAUAUUUGCAUCCAUGUCUACCAUUUAGUUAGUCGACGCUAACAAUCAUUGCCUUGGGCAUAAUCUUGUAUUGCUUGAUCCUAAAUGAUGCUCUUUAUAAAGCAAACAAGUUCCCGCAACAUUUAAAGGUUCUUCAAUGAGACAUCUACUUCUCUGCCUUGUUUUGACUUCUCCUAGAAUCCUGUUUCCUCUGGUUGAUGAUUAAAUCAGGCGUUGUGUGAACUGGGUUCAGAAACGCCAAUCUAGCGGGGCUCGACACUUCGGUGGACGAUGGGAAAACAUAAUAGCGGCGAAUAUUGUGAAAAAUUUAUGAACAUAUUUGGUAGAAGCAAUGGAAGUGGAAACAAUGCUCACUGGCGUUGUACCCAACGUCCAUUGUUUCAUUCAACUAUUUGCCAGUUCAAAGUUUAUUUUAAAGGCUGGUUCUCACAAGCUCAAGAAAAGUGAGGAUCGGUCCAAAACACAAGCUUAAGAGAAUCAAUCAUUCGCGUUACCUUGCGUUUGCGAGAAUCGUAAAAUAAUACUUGCGUAGCGCUCGCUCUCAAGUGAGAACCAGACAUGAUAAGUAACUGCAAGUCACACUAAUGUGCUCGGCAAAAACACCCCUUCUUGUACAGACAUAGUGUCUCGCUGUGAAUCGGAGGAGACCUCUUCGUACCCGUCCAUUCCUUCCGGAGGUCGCUUGAAUCCGUUCUUUCCCUCUCUGCCAGCAACACUCGUGACAACCCUAGUAUUAUCAUUCUCAAGGCACAAGUGUUUCACGAUGAUGCCAAGCAAACCAAGGCCUGCUAUUGAACCCAGAAGAAUCACGCAGCUCACUAUUGCAGCCUUUUCCUUCUCCUCAUCUUUAUGGUUUCCAGGAGAGGUGAUAAUUAUAGGGAUGGUCGCUAGCUUAGGCGUAGAUAACUGCGUCUGAUUCGCACGAACUCGCAGAAUAAAGCAUCCGAGAAUGAUGACCAGACAAACUCGCCGCAUGCUACUUGAUAUUGACUAACCUUUUGAUCAGUUAUUCAACCACGGAGCUCUAUGAUAAUAGUGAGGCGAGCCUGUGCAUUAGAACCUCUCUAUUCUAGUGACACCUGCUUGGGUGAGUUCGAAGGUAUUAUACAAAGUUCCGGUGAUUAGGAUUCCCUUGAUGUAGGCAUCAAAGAAGAGACAGCUCUCUUUACAUUUCACACUUUCGAGUGAAGUUUCACGAUAAAGUUAACGUUCAAGAUGGAAAAUCUGCGUGAGUUUGCUAGCGUACAUGCGUCUGUGUUUAAAGGUUCGGUAUGACGUCAAUCAAUGGGCUUUACACAAGCUUUAAUUUCCUCCAGAUAUCAUAUUUUCUUUGCGUAUACAGUAAAUAACAUUGCUCUAAGUCGGCGGCGUUGGAUAAGGAUAAGUAUCUUUACUUUUGGAGCAGAAAUGGAGACAUGUUAUAAUGUAUUAAAUAAUACCUGCUCUCUGUUACAGGAUUUUGUUUUAUACUCUUAGCAUUUUCAAUCUAUAUUCGUUCAUGUUUCCAAUAAAAUAUAAAUCGUCAUAUUUAUAAAACAUCAUCGGGUUUUUCUUUUUCUGAAGAAACUGUCAAAAUGCAUAACAAUAAUCGGCCGAAACCCAGGCUUUGACUAAACAUUAUAAUUUUUGUCAUUAGGUAGCUUGUUUAUUUUUUAUUAUUAUCAAAAUCAGGUUUAUGUAACGAAAAAACUGCAUUAAUAAAAUCAAACUUAGGUAUAAGAGAUUAAAAACGUGAAACAAUCUCUGUAACUGGCAAACUCGUUAAAUUUGCUACCCACCUAAUAGUUUACUAAGCGGCCUUAUGGCUGAAAACGCUUUCCCGGUUAUGUCUUUUUAGUAAAUAUCUGUUCUAUUGUCGGCUUUUCUGUGUGCGAAAAGAUCAUGAAGCGAAGCAAUUAGUGAUAUCGGCUUCUGGAUGUCAGGCAUGUAAAUACAGUAAAAAUGUUUUGGUUUAAGACGCAAAUACAAGUUUAAUUAUUUUAAAUAUACUCAAACAAGAGCCUUCAUUUGUGUGCUAAUACAUGAUGAUAGCAAUUUAUGUUAAUUAUCGACACAAAAAUUGGCUUUAAAGUUUGGUUAUCAUGUGAUCGAAAUACAGAACUGAUUGAAUGUGAUUAUGUAGUUUUUUGGGGUCUGGCGCUCUUAAGCAUUCAAAGCUUAGUUUUUCUCUCUUUUGGGCUACAAUGCUUUGCUUUAAAGCAAAAUAAUAGGGUAUUAAAAGCCGCAAAAUACUAUAAUAGAUAAUAAACGGAUAUACAUCCACGUAUUUUUUUUCCUUUUAAAAAAAAUCCUUUAUUUGAAUGAUCAUGAGAAUGCCAAGAUGCUCUUAGCCGUGUUUAUCUUUCUUCCUAUGUGAUGUUGUCGUCUAAAAUGAGGUGAGAUAAAGUAAGGGUGGGUUGAGAUAAAGUACGAAUGAGGUGAGAUGAAGUAAGAAUGAGUUGAGAUGAAGUACGGAUGAGGUGAGAUGAAGUAAGAAUGAGGUGAGAUGAGGUAAGGGUGAGGUGAGAUAAAGUACGGAUGAGGUGAGAUUAGGAAGAAUGAGGUGAGAUGAAGUACGGAUGAGGUCAGAUGAAGUAAGAAUGAGGGGAGAUGAAGUAAGGGUGAGGUGAGUUGAAGUAAGGAUGAUAUGAGAUGAAGAAAGGGUGAGUUGAGAUGAAGUACGGAUGAGGUGAGAUGAAGUAAGAAUGAGGUGAGAUGAAGUAAGGAUGAGGUGAGAUGAAGUAAGGAUGAGGUGAGGUGAAGUAAGGAUGAGGUGAGGUGAAGUAAGAAUGAGGUGAGGUGAAGUAAGGGUGAGGUGAGAUGAAGUAAGAAUUAGGUGAGAUGAAGUAAGGAUGAGGAGAGAUGAAGUAAGGAUGAGGUAAGAUGAAGUAAGGAUGAAGUGAGAUGAAGUAAGGGUGAGGUGAAAUGAAGUAAGAAUGAGGUAAGAUGAAGUAAGGAUGGGGUAAGAUGAAGUAAAGGUGAGCUGAGGUGAAGUAAGGAUGCGAUGAGGUGAAGUAAGGAUGAAGUGAGAUGAAGUAAGGAUGAAGUGAGACGAAGUAAGGGUGAGGUGAGAUAAAGUACGGAUGAGGUGAGAUGAAGUAAGAUUGAGGUGAGAUGAAGUACGGAUGAGGUCAGAUGAAGUAAGAAUGAGGUCAGAUGAAGUAAGGGUGAGGUGAGUUGAAGUAAGGAUGAUAUGAGAUGAAGUAAGGGUGAGUUGAGAUGAAGUACGGAUUAGGUGAGAUAAAGUAAGAAUGAGGUGAGAUGAAGUAAGGAUGAGGUGAGAUGAAGUAAGGAUGAGGUGAGGUGAAGUAAGGAUGAGGUGAGGUGAAGUAAGGAUGAGGUGAAGUGAAGUAAGGGUGAGGUGAGAUGAAGUAAGAAUUAGGUGAGAUGAAGUAAGGAUGAGGUGAGAUAAAGUAAGGAUGAGGUAAGAUGAAGUAAGGAUGAAGUGAGAUGAAGUAAGGGUGAGGUGAAAUGAAGUAAGAAUGAGGUGAGAUGAAGUACGGAUGAGGUCAGAUGAAGUAAGAAUGAGGGGAGAUGAAGUAAGGGUGAGGUGAGUUGAAGUAAGGAUGAUAUGAGAUGAAGAAAGGGUGAGUUGAGAUGAAGUACGGAUGAGGUGAGAUAAAGUAAGAAUGAGGUGAGAUGAAGUAAGGAUGAGGUGAGAUGAAGUAAGGAUGAGGUGAGGUGAAGUAAGGAUGAGGUGAGAUGAAGUAAGGAUGAAGUGAGAUGAAGUAAGGGUGAGGUGAGAUAAAGUACGGAUGAGGUGAGAUGAAGUAAGAUUGAGGUGAGAUGAAGUACGGAUGAGGUCAGAUGAAGUAAGAAUGAGGCCAGAUGAAGUAAGGGUGAGGUGAGUUGAAGUAAGGAUGAUAUGAGAUGAAGUAAGGGUGAGUUGAGAUGAAGUACGGAUUAGGUGAGAUAAAGUAAGAAUGAGGUGAGAUGAAGUAAGGAUGAGGUGAGAUGAAGUAAGGAUGAGGUGAGGUGAAGUAAGGAUGAGGUGAGGUGAAGUAAGGAUGAGGUGAGGUGAAGUAAGGGUGAGGUGAGAUGAAGUAAGAAUUAGGUGAGAUGAAGUAAGGAUGAGGUGAGAUGAAGUAAGGAUGAGGUAAGAUGAAGUAAGGAUGAAGUGAGAUGAAGUAAGGGUGAGGUGAAAUGAAGUAAGAAUGAGGUGAGAUGAAGUACGGAUGAGGUCAGAUGAAGUAAGAAUGAGGGGAGAUGAAGUAAGGGUGAGGUGAGUUGAAGUAAGGAUGAUAUGAGAUGAAGAAAGGGUGAGUUGAGAUGAAGUACGGAUGAGGUGAGAUGAAGUAAGAAUGAGGUGAGAUGAAGUAAGGAUGAGGUGAGAUGAAGUAAGGAUGAGGUGAGGUGAAGUAAGGAUGAGGUGAGGUGAAGUAAGAAUGAGGUGAGGGGAAGUAAGGGUGAGGUGAGAUGAAGUAAGAAUUAGGUGAGAUGAAGUAAGGAUGAGGAGAGAUGAAGUAAGGAUGAGGUAAGAUGAAGUAAGGAUGAAGUGAGAUGAAGUAAGGGUGAGGUGAAAUGAAGUAAGAAUGAGGAAAGAUGAAGUAAGGAUGGGGUAAGAUGAAGUAAAGGUGAGCUGAGGUGAAGUAAGGAUGCGAUGAGGUGAAGUAAGGAUGAAGUGAGAUGAAGUAAGGAUGAAGUGAGAUGAAGUAAGGGUGAGGUGAGAUAAAGUACGGAUGAGGUGAGAUGAAGUAAGGAUGAGGUGAGAUGAAGUAAGGAUGAGGUGAGGUGAAGUAAGGAUGAGGUGAGGUGAAGUAAGGAUGAGGUGAGGUGAAGUAAGGGUGAGGUGAGAUGAAGUAAGAAUUAGGUGAGAUGAAGUAAGGAUGAGGUGAGAUAAAGUAAGGAUGAGGUAAGAUGAAGUAAGGAUGAAGUGAGAUGAAGUAAGGGUGAGGUGAAAUGAAGUAAGAAUGAGGUGAGAUGAAGUAAGGAUGGGGUAAGAUGAAGUAAAGGUGAGCUGAGGUGAAGUAAGGAUGCGGUGAGGUGAAGUAAGGAUGAAGUGAGAUGAAGUAAGGAUGAGGUGAGAUGAAGCAAGGAUGAGGUAAUAUGAAGAAAGGAUGAAGUGAGAUGAAGUAAGGGUGAGGUGAGAUAAAGUACGGAUGAGGUGAGGUGAAGUAAGAGUGAGGUGAGACGAAGUACGGAUGAGGUCAGAUGAAGUAAGAAUGAGGUGAGAUGAAGUAAGAGUGAGGUGAGUUGAAGUAAGGAUGAUUUGAGAUGAAGUAAGGGUGAGUUGAGAUGGAGUACGGAUGAGGUGAGAUGAAGUAAGAAUGAGGUGAGAUGAAGUAAGAAUGAGGUGAGAUGAAGUAAGGAUGAGGUGAGAUGAAGUAAGGAUGAGGUGAGAUGAAGCAAGGAUGAGGUAAUAUGAAGUAAGGAUGAAGUGAGGUGAAGUAAGGGUUAGGUGAGAUGAAGUAAGGAUGAGGUGAGAUGAAGUAAGGAUGAGGUAAGAUGAAGUAAGGAUGAAGUGAGAUGAAGUAAGGGUGAGGUGAAAUGAAGUAAGAAUGAGGUGAGUUGAAGUAAGGAUGGGGUAAGAUAAAGUAAAGGUGAGCUGAGGUGAAGUAAGGAUGCGGUGAGGUGAAGUAAGGAUGAAGUGAGAUGAAGUAAGGGUGAGGUGAAAUGAAGUAAGAAUGAGGUAAAAAGGAAGUAAGGAUGAGGUGAGAUGAAGUAAGGAUGAGGUGAGAUGAAGUAAGGAUGAGGUAAGAUGAAGUAAGGAUGAAGUGAGAUGAAGUAAGGGUGAGGUGAAAUGAAGUAAGAAUGAGGUGAGAUGAAGUAAGGAUGGGGUAAGAUGAAGUAAAGGUGAGCUGAGGUGAAGUAAGGAUGCGGUGAGGUGAAGUAAGGAUGAAGUAAGGAUGAAGUGAGAUGAAGUAAGGGUGAGGUGAAAUGAGGUAAGAAUGAGGUAAGAAUGAGGUGAAAUGAAGUAAGGAUGAGGUGAGAUAAAGUAAGGAUGAGGUGAGGUGGUGUAAGGAUGGGGUGAAGUGAAGUAAGGAUGAGGUAAGAUGAAGUAAAGGUGAGGUGAGGUGAAGUAAGGAUGAGGUGAGGUGGAGUAAGGGUGAGGUGAGGUGAAGUAAGGAUGAAGUGAGAUAAAGUAAGGGUGAGGUGAAAUGAAGUAAGAAUGAGGUGAAAUGAAGUAAGGAUGAGGUGAGAUAAAA